GAUGAAAAUCGACAGCUUUUUGAUUGGAGGCUCGCUUGUGAGAAUGAGUGAUCAUAAUGCAAGAAUUACAUGCAUGAGUGAGUCAAUCUGAUGGGUUUCCUUGUAUAAUAAUUUGACCUUGUCUUUGGUUUAAUCUCCGGCAAAUGCUAAUGUUACUUGUCUCUUCAUAUUAUUGCAUAUUUUGGCAAAUUGCAUUUACAAAUAUGGAGCUUGAUUUUCUUGAUUAAAGUUUGGCAUGUAUGAGUACUAAAAAGUUUACAUUGCUAAAGCAAUGUGCUUAUUUACAUACGAAUGUUUCAUGGAUAUCAGGCAUUAAAAGGGGGUAUAUCCAUAUGGAAAAGCUAUAGCUGUUUUUAAUAUAUGAGAUGAUUGUUCUGCAGUUGUUUCCACUUGAUGAAAAUUCUUUAGUUCAGAGUGAGACGCAAAGAGAAGAAAUGUUUUGGUAACCUCAAGUUAUGACCACUCUAAUUCGUCUAUGGUGGAAGGGCGCUUGCCAAAGGUGUUUUAUAGGUCAUAAUGGUGCAGUUUCCACAUUGUCAGACAAAUUAUUAGGUGAUGAAGGUGCCAAAGUAUUGGCAAGCAGUGGGGAAGAUGGUACUGUUCGCCUCUGGUCCCUUAGUUCUAGUGGAAAACAUGGCCAAAAAGCUUUAAAGGCUAUGCUUUAUGGGCAUGAGAAGCCUGUUAUGUUGAUGUUAGUUGCAGGGCAUGCAUUUUUUUCAGUAAGAAAACUCUCUUGUUUAUUUCUUGUCUGUCUUAUAACAACACUUCGAAAAUUUGAGUUUUAUAUCUAUAUUUUCUUUAUUUACAAUCCAUGGUUGAUUUGUUCAUCAUUUUUCCAGGCACAAAACUUCCUUUUGGUCACCAUGUCAAAGGAUUCUAAGGUGAGAGUUUGGGAUACAAGUACAUCAUCAGCUAUUCGUUCUUCAUGUUGUGUGGGAAUGGCUUCUGUUGCUGGUGCACCUGUGGACAUAAAUGCCAUGAAGCCUUGCUCUAUGUUGCUGCUGUUCUUCUCUAAUAAUUGUUGACUUAAGGACAACGCGAAAGGUUAACUCUGCGGCAAUAUAUCCACCAAAAUUGUACCUCUUCGCAAUUAUGCCCUCAAAAUCCCUAAUCUGCACCAGUGGAUUUGGCAAAGCAAUGCUUUGGGAUUUCAGAAGAAGCCAGGAGAUUUCAAAACCAGAACCAGUAACUCAGUUGGAUGGUCAUAUGGGUUCAGUGACACUAUUACACGUGGAUCCAUAUAAAAUUUACAGGAGAGCUGGUGGAUAACUUUAUUACUACUUGGGAGAUUGACACUGUUACAAGAACAGAUUCUUUGCUUUGUAAUCGUCCAGAGCUGGGAAGCACCAAUAUUGGGUGUUCAGCCAUGGCCGUAAUGCAUGUAGAAUUGCUACUGCCAAUUAUGGUGAAAAUCAGGGACUUGUCCGCUUUCGGGAUUUCUCCAGAGCAACUCAUCCGAUUUUCGAAUAUGAUGAUGAAAAUGAGGAUGUUUCCAAAUUCUGGGGUACACAAUCAUAUGGUGAUUCUGACUGAUCCAAUGAAUGAUUAGCUUGCAUCUCUAUUCUUUACGCAUGAUCUUUUGACUUUUGUAUAUAAAUUUAGCUGCUAUCCGAUCCUUGGGUAAUAAGGAUAUAGAUGAGUAUUAUUUCUUUGCUUUUGUUCUUCUUUUUCCAAUAUUCUUUUAGCAAGAAGAUUGUAAGUUUGUAACAUUAAGGUCCUUUAUUGUUUUAUGCAUAGUUAUAUGAAAUUAAAAAAAAAAUUAAUGAGGUUUCCUAUUGUUUGGUUGAAUGUCUCACCUGCCACCUUUAGUAAAUCUUUCACUUAUGGAUAAAAAAAAAUCCUUUUUACUUUGUAUGCUACCAACUAAACAUCUAAACCCUUGAGAAAUUGGCAAUCUGACUGAAAACUGGUUUCAAUCCGGGGGCAAAUCGGAAAUAGAGCAUUGGGGUUUGGAAAUUAGUCUACUCAACUCUAAUUAUGCUCACCAAAUCAAUGGAUGUAUGUUGAAUUGAUAGAGUAUUAAAUUUUUAAUUUUAAAAUUAUCCAAGCUCAAAAUAAUCUGUUAAACUCAAAUUUUGCUCCUGACGUCAAAGAAAUGUGAUUUGUUCGAUUGAAUUUUUAAUUUUAAUAAUUAAAAUUUAAAUUUGGGCAAAUUUAAAUGG